GUUUAAAAUAUAAUAUUUGUGAAAUUGUGAUGUGUCUUUUAACUGUGUUACAGCUUCAAUAAAAAUCAAAAGUAUUUGUCGUUUACGAUUUUUCUUUAAAGUACUAAAAAACUACAAUCAAAUAAUUCGAACCCCGUGACUAUCUAUUUAUCUAUUUAAUUUAUUUAUAAAAAUAAGCAACUUAAUAUAAUUCUGAAUAUUGUAUAACAAAAUCCUAUUUAACAAUGGAUAAACACAUAUUGUUCGUAUGUGUGUUUUUCAUUGUUAAUGUAUUUCAAGCACAAUCCCGAACAUUUACUGAAGAAGAUUGUCCAGUUUGUGUCAGUACAAUAGAAAAGUUUUCAAAAACACUUGAAGAUGAAAAAAAUCCAAAAAAUAUCGAAGAACAAUUCAAAAAAUAUUGUUUGUCUACUAAAAUUGAUAAGGAAAAAAGACUGUGUUAUUACUUGGGUGGAUUAGAAGAUUCUGCAACUGGUAUAUUAAGUGAAAUGUCCAAACCUUUAUCGUGGUCCAUGCCAGCACUUAAAAUCUGUGAACGUUUGAAGAAAAUGGAUGCUCAAGUGUGCGAUAUUAAAUAUGACAAAGAAAUCGAUUGGAAGACAGUCAAUUUAAAGAAAAUGAAAGUGAAAGAUUUGAAGAAAAUAUUGGAUAACUGGGGAGAAAUUUGUGAUGGUUGCUUAGAAAAGACAGAUUAUAUCAAAAGAGUUGAAGAAUUAAAACCCUCUUUCGUCAAAGAUGAGUUAUAAAUAACUAAAUUUAUUAUCCCAUUGUAUAAAUUUGAUAAUUUUUUUUGAUACAAUAUUGUUUUUUGUAUUGUGUUCCAUAAUUUAUUUAAGGUAUAAAAUAAAGGGCUGAAGUUAUUUAACAAAACCAAACAAAUUGAAUAAAAAACGUCUUUAUUUUAUUUCAACUUUAAA